CUCUCUCUCCUACACCAUUGCCCUUGCUUCAUCCAAAAUCUGAACAAUCUCAGAAGCAAUAAGGAUCAUAUCCAUGGCUCCUAAGGUCAAGACCCUUGUUCUUGCUUUCCUGAUGUUGCUGAUGAUUUCCUUCUCUCUAGGCUUGCCGGGGGAGUUCGAUGGGUCGGACGCGAAACCCUCGCUUCGUAAGAUCUCCUCAAAGGACGGUGAAAGCCUGAAAAUUCGGAAGCUCGGGAUGGUCGAUAGCCUCCUCGACUACGACGACGCGUGUGCCAAUCCUAAGCAUGAUCCCCGGAAGAAGGGCUGCAAGAAUGCUCCUUGACUCUCUCUCUCUCUCUCUCUCUCUCUCUCUCUCUCUCUCAUAAGAGGAUAUUAACGUAAUGCGUUGAGAGACAAUAUGUACUGUAGCAUUCUAUCCGAGUUUCUGUAGAAAUAUCACUGUAAUGCCCGUCUUGAGGGUGUAAUAAUAAACCUCUGAAGUACGAUUCUU